GGUGCGCACGACCGGGCUUCUUCUUCACGCCUCUCCGUGGUGCCGGUGACGCGUCAGUCCGCGUUGAAAGAUGGCUGCGGUGGAGCGGGUUCAGGUCAGAGAAGGCUUCCGGAUAGUUGUCCUGUGCGUGUGCUGGUACACCGUCAGCUCGGGCGGCAACGUCAUCAACAAAAUCAUCCUCAAUGGGUUCCCCUACCCGGUCACGGUGUCUCUCUUUCAUAUAUUCUCCAUUGUCGUGUUCCUCCCGCCGUUGCUGCGGGCAUGGGGAGUCCCCAAAACAGAACUACCGAGAAGGUACUACUGGUGGUCCAUUCUUCCUUUGGCUUUCGGGAAAUACUUUGCAUCGGUGUCGGCCCACUUCAGCAUAUGGAAGGUACCUGUUUCCUACGCGCACACCGUCAAAGCCACGAUGCCAAUAUGGGUUGUGCUCUUGUCAAGAAUCAUCAUGAGAGAGAAGCAGACUACCAAGGUGUACAUAUCUCUGAUCCCCAUCAUUGGCGGAGUGCUGCUGGCCACAGCGACAGAACUGUCCUUCGACGUUUCGGGUCUCAUCAGUGCUCUGGCUGCCACGCUCUGCUUCUCCCUACAGAAUAUAUUCUCCAAAAAGGUGUUGCGUGACACUCGAAUCCACCACCUGCGGUUGCUCAACAUCUUGGGCUUCAAUGCAGUAAUAUUCAUGCUGCCCACCUGGGUGCUGGUGGACCUCUCUGUCUUUCUUGUCAACGACGAUCUGUGGGACAUGUCGGGGUGGACCAGAACUGUCGUUCUCCUGCUCAUCAGUGGCUUUUGCAACUUCGCUCAGAACGUCAUCGCCUUCAGCGUGCUUAAUCUGGUCAGCCCGCUCAGCUACGCCGUGGCAAACGCUACCAAAAGGAUUAUGGUUAUCAGCAUCUCACUUUUUAUGCUGCGUAACCCUGUGUCACUCACCAAUGUGAUGGGCAUGAUGACGGCCAUAGUCGGGGUCUUCCUCUACAACAAGGCCAAGUAUGAUGCUCACCAAGACAAGAAACUGCUGCCGAGCAACAAACAGGACCUGAUGUCCUUUGACAACCCAGCAUUACAGAAGCUUCAGGCCAACGGGUCAGUGCCUUUCUCCCAUGGUUCAAAGCAGCAGCAGCAGCAGCAGCACAGUUGGAACAACGUGCUCACCGACCACUUCCAGUACAGUCGCCAGACCUACACGUCAAACUACAACAGCAACCACCAAUAUGUGGUGUAAAAGAAGAUAGACAUGAGUUUGUGUGUGUGUUUGUGUGUGUGAUUGUGUGUGUGUGUGUGUGUGUGUGUGUGUGUGUGUGUGUGUGUGUGUGUGUGUGUGUGUGUGUGUGUGUGUGUGUGUGUGUGUGUGUGUGUGUGUGUGUGUGUGUGUGUGUGUGUGUGUGUGUGUGAUACUCACCAUCCCAGCCGCACUAGUCUGCUCUAAACAUGAGACUCAGGCCCAGCCCAGACAGGAAGAGCAAGACGGCUGUCAUGAAAGGGUCAGUGACCUCUCCCAUGCCCCUUAAUGUCCAAAGCUCGCUGCGUGAUCCCGUCCAUCACACACAACGCUCAUUUCAUCUACAGAUGGUGAGUGAUGGAUAAAACCUAUUGUUUUUUUUUUUGUUUACUUUCAAAGGGAGUGAUGUCAACUGCGACCUCACGCCGACAGUCUAUCAUGUUACAUCUGGUAACAAGCGGAACGCCUUAAUGUUUGGAUUUUAGGCUUGUACUAUUCUUCGCCAAGCUUGUGUCAUGGUGGCCGGGAGGGAUGAGCUGCUGAAAGUCUAGUUUAUAAAAGAAGAACACAAUUAGCCCACGUCAGCGCACACGCAGGAAGCAUUCAUAUCCCAUCAGACUUUGAAUUAGAAAAAGGUGUGAGACAAGUUCUGAUACGCAGAACAGUCAGUGACCACUACUAUUUUCUUACAGCGCUGAAAAUAAAUCAAAUACUGAAAGUUUACGGAACAAAAAUGUCCUUGUAAAAUAUCCAUUUUUUAAAAUUGUUCAAACUUUGUGUAGGAAGUGUAGAAUCAUGCCACCCUUGGAUCGCAGUCUAUUUUGAUAUUGAUCCCUGGUAUUUAUUUAUCAGGUCGAGUGGGACAUCCUCUCUCCUGUCCAGGCCAAGUGUCAACCCUGAACCAAAGCUCCUCUGUCAUAUUUAGCCUUUCUUGAGUUUGCACAUAAUUUAAAAAGAACAAGUUGUAUAUGAGUGUAGGUGGUGACGGAACACCACUUACAGUACAUACUGUACCACACAUGACAUAUCUUGUCAUAGAACCAGCGCUUCGUUUUGUGCAAUAAUCCAUUGAACUGCCAACCGAGAUGGAUUAUGGAUUAGAUUGCCAUUGAUUGCGGUGUCGCUAGAUCGGUUAUUUAUUUGGGAUGGACACUGAACAUUUUGAUGCAGAAAUUUAAAGUAUAUGAGUUGUUCUACUGUUUUUUCCAAUAUUUGCUAACUGUUUAGUGUUGCGGGGACAAUAAGACACUUCCACAAGGAACUCACAUACACACGCAGUUUGUGGUUAAAUAUCUUUAAAUCAAUCCACUCUUCAAAUAGCAUAUUUUUAUAAGUCAUUUAAAGUUAUUUUAUGUCUCAUAUAAUCCCCUCCUAAAAAUGUACAUCUACUCCUUUUCCCUCAUGGAAGAUAAUGUUACAUCAAAAGGCAGGUUGACACCGUGCACUUAAGCAAUGUGAAAAAUUCCGCCAUUACAAUGACAUUAAGCUUGCAUUGGUCCAGCACCCCCCGUGACCCCAAAAAGGGACAAGCGGUAGAAAAUGGAUUAAUGGAUGGAUGGUGCACAAUUGUACUUUUUUCAUCCCACAUCUUUUUGGUAUAAUGCAGCUUUUCAUGUUUUGUUCUUGUGAAAUAUAGAAACCACGGCAAACUAUAACCACAAUAAUAAGGAAGAAUACCUCAUGCAGAAUGUUUUGAUACUGCAUCUCAUUGGUGAGUACAGUAUCAAUAAACAAAACUGUCCCACAUUAGGUUGAAUCAAAACCUCUUAAAACCAAUCUUUUGAUAAUAAUUACAUGUAUUUAAUCAUGCUUAUGUUAUUACUCACCAUCAACCAAUAGAAUAUAACAUGUAAAAGACAGGACAUGUUGACUGUCAACACAUCUCUUAUUAAUGAUUCAAUCAUGCAUUAAUUUUGGUCUUGGGUGGUUUUACACAAAAAGUUAGGAAUAUUCGGUUUUCAGGUUCUACUUCGGGAUGAACCUAAAAUGCACUUUGCUUUGUAACUUGUCACUCAAUUAAAAUUAAGUUUGAAGUAAAAAAAAAUACUAUUGUUAGCACUUUAUAAUAAGUACACAGUCCCACUAUUAAGCACUAGUAAAUACUGACUUCAAUAAUUUUACCAAGCAUAUUUCUGACAUCAGUAUGCAGUUUAUAAACAGUUAUAAAUGUUUUAUUCAUACUGUAUUAAUAAGCUCAGCUAUAAAAAAAAAAAAAAGAAGCUUAAUGGUUGCAUUUUUACCCUUUUAUAGAUGAUUGAUUCAGCAUUUUCACAUUAUGUUUAGGUAUUGUCAAUAGUUUGUUCGGUCAUUUAGAAAGUGUAGAUAAAUAAGACUUAAUAAUCUGUAGACAUUAUAUAUACAUGCACUUACUGCAUUGAGACAUGUACUCAUGGUUAUGUUUAUAACUGUCUUUAAAAAGCGUACUAAUGAGUAUGAAUGUAUUCAUCAAAUAAGCUUUACUAAUGUUAAAUGGUGUGUACUUAUUAUAAAAGGUUACAGUAGUUCUUGUGAACCAACUAAGAAAUGACGAUCUAAGAGGUGUGUUUGAUAUCUCUCGAUUAAGAAAGAAAUGGAAGCUUGUCAGGUUAAGUUGUCAAGAUUGCAUCCAUACUUACUUCCCCAUAUCAUGUUUUGUUAGGUGCUCAUGUUGCCAAAAGCAAAGUGCACCACAAGGUGGAGGCCUUGCCUUGUUGUUGGAGUUGAUGAAAUGACUUUCUGAUUGUCAAGCUGCUUAUUUGAGUCUCGUGGACACUUCUAGAGAACUUGCUCAAUUUAAAACUAUCCGCUUUCAUUUUGAUCACUGGGAUGUAUAGUACAUGUCAAUAAGGAAGCGGGUGGUUUCUUUGUAAAACUUGUAUGAUUAUUAUUUUUCUCUGUCUUUCAGAGUUUAUACUCAACUAAUGUUUAUAGAUUUUUAUUUAUGGUUGUCUCGGUACAAAACAUUGUAACAACGGUGCAGCUCCGGGCAGUUGUGUCGCUGAUUAUGAUUUAGAAAAUGCUAUUUUUAAAUGUGGAAAAAUAAAUAGAAUACUGAACUGA